AGUCGAUGGCACCCGUGUUCCGCUUGUAAUGAACAGAAAUGGCUAUCCCGGAAGACAACAAAUGCAUAAUUGUUGUUCAUUGAAAUAUUUGUUGUUUUCCCUGGACUUAACUUUGGUUUCUCAAUGACAUUCGGAUAUUAUUGAAAUGCAAUACAUGACUUCAAAGAUUUCUAUAAAAUGCUACCUGUGGUGUGAAUUUACCUGUCCUUUAUUUUCAAAACAUCAUGAGAUGAUCAUGUAGUGUAGAGGCCCACAGAAGUAGUGUCUCUUGAAAUAUACCAACUAAUACUACGAAUACUCUACUUGUACUGAUACUAUACUAUUCACAAUACAACAAAGAAGUGCUUUUUCCAAAGAAGCAAUCUUUGAAUCUAAAAUCUAAAUGAUAUAAUUAUAAUAUAAUAAAAGAUAGGCCUACUCCUAAAGACUAAAGAAUUUAAAAGAAUUGAAUAACAUUUUGGGUACAUUUUGAUUUUCUAAAGUUAUUCAUUCAUCACUGCAGAUAUACACUGACUUAUCAAUUUCUGUACACAAUUUAAUAGCAUAUUGUUGACUUUGAUUGAUUCAGCCACUUCCAGUGAGGAUGAUGCCAUUAAUUUCAAAUUGUAAACCUCAUUUAUAAUUUCUAAAAAGGCCACUUAUUAAAAGAAUAUAACUUCAAGAAGUGAAGGCCCCAUCGCAACUAUGGUUCUGCCACUCUUCUUAUUAAUUGUGUGCAGUCUUUCAUUAACCAGUGGGCAAAUUACACCACCACCUCAAAUAGGAGACAAACCAGUUAUAUCUGACAACAGGAUUUGGUACCUCAAUCACAUACCCCAACGAUGUCGUCCGCCAAUCAUCGACAGAUUUGUGGGUGGGGGCAUCAUCAAAGACAGUAGAGCGCUCAUUCUGAGAGACAGCCCUCACAUUAUAAGGGGCAACAUCGAGAUAGCCCCGAGUGGCUGUCUCUAUAUUGAGCCUGGGUGUGUUCUCAAGUUUGCUCCAGGAAUGGGUAUCAUUGUCAAUGGUACUCUAAUAGCCAGGGUAAGUUUUAAUGGGAUUUUAUUUUAAAGAAUAUGCCGCUAUUUUAAAAGGUUUUACUAUCACUGUUACUGUGGAGUUUCAUUUUUAAUUAUUUUAAACAAUUAAAAAUUGAGAAAAUAACUCUUAAACUUAACUUGAACCAUUAAAAAAAAGCUGGUGACUCUCUGUUCUAAACACUGGUGGAAAUGGUGUUACUAUUUACCCCCUAAUUCCCCAUCCUAAAAGAGAAGUGAAAUUAAAUUGCAAUUCAUGUGUGGCAAAAGGAUUAAAGUUAUUUAUUGAGGCUUCAGACUGUCAAAUAGUUCAGUAAAAGCCUUUUUCUCUUGAGCUUUCAAAAUUAAAAAAAGAAAGCUUAAAAAAGAUACUUUUUAUCCAUACCAUGUUCAUUAUGGACAGUUAACAUAAUGAGUUUUUGCAAGGGGAAUAAUAUCUUCAUUUAUUAAUUGCGUUUUCAGGGGAGUAUUGACCCUGGUGGGCGCAUCACUAUGACAAAAGCUGAAGGCCAAGACCUAGGUCAUCCAAGUGGUAACUGGCAGAAUGAUGCACGUUUGUCAAUGGGGAACACAACUCGAGAUGGACGAUUGGAUCUCAACUUCAAGUACAAAUGGAGAGCCAUGUGUACAAAUUAUAAUAAGUGAGUAUUUUUUUUUUGUUUCUUCAUUUGACUUAAGGAGGGCAGAAUCAUUGUUUUAUACAACAUUGACUAGUGAAUGUUUCAUCAUAAAGUAACAUUAAUUGAUACUGUCAUUCUCAUCAUAUUAACAAAAUAAAUACACUAUUUUAAGAAAAUAUUUUGUUAUGUUUGAUAUUAUUUUCAGCUUCACCGCAAUUGAUGCCAACGUUACUUGUCGUCACUUGGGUUUUCUGAAAGGAAAUUUCACGUAUCACUCGUUUGCCCGAAACUUAACUGAUUACAUACUUUGGGAGAAACCAGACUGUAAGGGAGGAGAAAACAGUCUAUUUGACUGUCCAGGUGCUGUCAACAUGCAGAUCGGAAGACAUAUUUGUGGUAGGAUAACGAUUUUAAGUUUUUUUUUAUUUGCUUAGCUAACCAUAGGAUAAAAAGAAUUUAUAGUUUAGCAUAUUGAUACAAAUGAUUGUUUUCUGAUGAAACUAAAAGCUUACAUAUGAUAUGUUUGUAAAAAAAAUGAUAUUGUAAACACAUCCUUGAAAAUUACAGAUGGACAGGAGGUUGUAGGUUUCCAGUGUGAGGGUUUGCGGCCAGGUUUGGCCCUUGACCAUUGGAGGGGCAUUGACUUUUACAACUCAAGUACAGAGGCCAGAUAUACGGUAUGCUUGUUAAUAGCAUUUUUUUGGGAUGAUUUAAACUACUCCCCUAGAAGCUAUUUUUAUCAUUGUUAGUUUUACAUAAGCUGAGCAUACUAUAAGGCAAGUUGGUUACAUUGACUGGAAGUCUGAUCUCAUUAUAAACAGUUGAAUGACCACUUGGGUUUGGGGCGAUGAGCUAAAUGAGUAAACAGAAUUUGUUAUCUUUUUAUUGUUUAGAACAAGCCAUCAGUUAAGCACUCGAAAAUGUAAUCAUUAAACAAUUUCUUUUGUACUGGUAACUCAAAUCAUGCCUUUAAUUUUACCACCUCCAGAUUCUAGGAAACAAUAGAGUCUACAUGAAUGUGUCACUGUCCUUCUUGGAAUACCUGGACAUCAGCUAUACAGGUCUUGACACGUUUCAUGGCUAUACAUCAGAUCCUGAAGUUUUUUACCAGAAAGCUGCCAUAAGUGCAAGUCCACAUGUGCCUAUGAUAAAUAAUGUGACAAUUCGCUAUGGUGCCUAUGAUGGCCUGAACUUCACAGAAAUUGUUGGUCCAAUCCAUAUUGCCAAUUCAACCAUCUCACAAAAUAGAGGUUAGAAAGGGUUUAUUGAAUUUUUUAAUAAUUUUUAUGAGUAAACAAUGUCUUGCCCUUAAAUGAAACUUUUUCAAAAUUUAAAAAAAAAAAACAGGAACCAAGCAUUGACCAUAAGUUUGUAGGACAUAAAAUAAUUAGGAUUUUAAAAUUUUAUUUUGUUUCAACUUUUUUUCCAUUCAACUAAUAAACAUUUUGAUCCAAUUUUACAGGUUACGGUAUGUUUAUUCAGUCAUCAGUUGGAAGAACUUUGGUGAACAUGACUGAAGUGGACCACAACUGGGGUGACGGUAUCAAGUUUUACAUUAGCAAUUUGACCAUAUUUGAUUUCCGCACCAAGUUCAAGCCUGAGAAUUCCAUGUGUAUGCAGGUGAACACAGAGGAUGUGACCUACCCAUUCUUCCAGCAUAUGGAUUUGGUUCAGGUCAACGGAAAUGACCUAUCAAUGGUUUCCGUUGGAGGAUACUGUGAGCGGGUAAGCUGUUUCCUCUACAGUAAACUAUGUUUGCCAUUAACUAUGUUUGAUACUUAGUUGCAUGACUUUUUGUCUCAUCAAUGCUAUCUACUUACUGCUUUUUUGUAAACAGAUUAAUAAAAAUAGAAAUUUCACAUAAUUAGAAUUUCUCUGUGUAAUAUUAUUAUUUAAUUUGUAAAUUGAAUAUAAAAAAAUAAUUAACUUUUGGGUCGAUGAAAUUCAUUUAAUUAAAAUUCGCUACCUUCGGCUCAACUUGAAUAUUAAACGUUCAAAUUUGUAAACUUUCAGUCUUAUGCCACGGCUUCAAACAUGAAAAUAACUGUUCAUUUCAUGAUUAUGGAGCGUGACCCAGAUGCCAAUGGCACACUGAUAUUUAGAGAUGGCGGAGAGCUGGGGAGACGGACAGACUUCCCCAUCUUUAAUGGAUCAUUUCCAGAGUCAUUCACCACACGGACAAACAGACUCUUUGUCAGGUUUCAGUACUCUCAACCUACCAGCAAGAUUUGCAAGACUUUUCCACCUUGCAUUAGAUUCUUGUUAGAAUUCACUUCAAACUAUGGUAAGUCUUCUAAAAGUAAAAUUACUAGUCAUUCUAAUUUUUUUUUUUAUGAUUAAAACAUUGUAAACAUUUAUCUUUUAAAAAUUAUUAUUUUUUUUACAAAAGGCCCUAUAAAAUAGCUGUUUAUCUAUUAAUCCAGUUAAAUCGUGGAUUGCAGUCAGUAAUUUUCAGUUUAUGCUGAAUCUUUUUUGCCUGUAUUACGAGCAUUAUUAUGGGAUUUCAAGAAAAAGAAAAACUUAAUAAAAUUAAUAAAAACUAAUUUUUUAAAAAUAAUUUAGCAUGUCAUUCUUUCUUAUAUUUGAGAGAUGUCAAUUUUAUUUUCUAGAUGUUGAUGAAGAAUUCAGACUCAUAAUGUCUAAUGUGCAUGACAACAUUGGCUAUGGUGUAAACAUCCAAGACAUGCGAAGCAAAAUACGAAUCAGCAAUGAGACUGUGAUAUCCAACAACCACUUUGGAGCUGGUGUACAUAUCUAUAAGGGUGCUGGAGAAAUUGUUAUUAAUGGAACACGUAUUGAGAAAAAUGUAGAUUCUGGAAUUAAUAUUACGUAUUCAGGGGGAUAUCAGUUGAUCAACAACACAGAGCUGAUUGGAAAUAAAGGUUAUGGAAUUAUAACAGAAUAUAUGAAGCUGAACCGCACUCGAAUAGAAUCUAGGCUUUUUGUGGAAAUUGUCAGGGCAAAGUUUAUUGAAAAUCAAUUAAUAGGCCUACGAAUGGGAAAUUACUGCAGGGGUGGAGAGAUUCUUGUGAAUGAGAGUUACUUUGCCCUCAACUACGAUGAAGCCUUUGAGUAUUUAUCUUGCAAUAUAUCCACCAUGUAUAAAACCAAGCUGAAAAUAGCUUUCAAUAAGUUCGAUAACAAUUACAGGCAUGCCAUCUUCAUGAGGCCCUUGUUAAAUACAGAUGGAUUGAUAACAAACAACACUUUUGUCAACCACACCCUAGCAACAUUCAGGAUAGACAAUGGUUAUGAUCUCUUAAUAAGCAGGUGGUAUCGUGACUUUCCAGUAAGCAUGAACAUGUUUGAGAAUGUAUUCAUCGAAAAUACAGGACGGUAUGUUGUCAAUUUACGUCUGACUCAGAACAGCGCAGUGCAGAAUAUGGACUGCAAGUUUAACUACUUCCAGCGCAAUGAAAUCAAUGACUCUUUCUUGUAUGUUAAUCCCAGAGGUCGUGCCAAUGCUGUCAUUGUGUUGUCCUCAACAAAUAUCAGGUUGAUGAGGAAUCAUAUAGAUAAUCCCGGCUCCAUACGGGAAUUGUCAACGCACCUUGCAGACCCAUCAAUUGUUAUAAAUGCCAGAGAAAACUACUGGGGCACUGAGAUCAAUAAGCAGUCUGAUUACAAGAAAGUCUACAUGUCCAUCUUUGACCAGGUGAUUAAAAAAAAUUUAUAUAAUUUCAAAACUAAUAAUUUUUCUAUGCAGGCUAUAGCUUUAACCUUGUAGUAAUUUUCUUCUGUUAUGAUAAUUUUAUCAAGUGAGGAGUGGGAUUUAUUUUUUAUGUUUUCUAUAGGCUAUUUUCAGGUUUUCCCCAUGCUUUGUUUUACCCAUUUCCUUCUACCUAACCUGAUUGCAGUCUCCCACAUUAUUAUCAUUUAGAAUGUUUGAAUAUACUACCCCACAACUCAAACAUAGAAACAUAAGAGAGGUUAUGAGUAAUACUAUUUUUGUAGGCUGCUAUUAAUUUGUUAAAUUGUGAGUUUGAAAUCUGUUGUUAUGCAUUUAGAAUGUUUAAAUUUGUCCUUGUUUAUAAGUCACUUAUAUUAUAAAUAAAUAUGACCAAGCUUAUGCACAUGAUUUCAGGAUGAUCGCUACAAUUUGGCUAAAAUUGAGUAUCACCCAGCACUGAGAACAUUACGACUCUAUGAUAACUACUUAUCAGAUGAUGUAGCUCAGUAUGUUUGGGAAUUCCAGCGAGGAGACACUAUUGGUGGUGUUUUGGAGAAUAGCUUUAUUGUUGGAAGAGGGAAAACCUACUAUGUAGACAGGGACAUAUAUGUUUUCAAGGAUAAGGUACUGAAAAUGCCUAAAUUAUUUUCAAAUAACUUAGGAACCAUGUUUAAGAGUUUCAAGAUUAAUUAGUCUUAAAUUUAAAUUAAAGAAAUAUUGCAAAUGUCUACCCAAAACCAUCUAGUGCUAAAUAAUAGUAUUAACAUUUUUUAAAUCAAUUUUAAAUGUAAAAUUUAUGUUUAAAAGUUUUCUAAAUGUAUUUUAUUCAACCCAGCAUGCCAAUAAAUUUUAUUUAUUUUCAGAGUUUAGUGUUAGAACCUGACAGCAAGUUGAAAUUUAGCCCAUCUGUUGGAAUAGUGGUUCAUGGGCUACUAAAGGCAGAUGGGAUAAAGCUAGAGUCACCUGUGAUCUUUGACAUCAGCGAUAAAGAAGAGUUUGUUCCAAUGGAAAAUCGCACAACCAGCAUAAGAUUAGUGGAAGGUGAAGACGAAUUUGAAGGCAGGCUAGAGGUGGAGAUAAAUGGCCAGUGGGGAACAGUGUGUAGAGAUGUUAGUACUGUUUUCUUUUUUUUUCUUCUUUUUUUGAAGAAUUUCUUUUUUAAUGCAUAGUGGUCUGCAUGAAUCUUAAUAAUACUUUUUGAUUCUGAUUUUUGUUAGCAUAUAUAUUAAUGAAUAUGUUUACAUACAUUUUACUCUGAAUGAUUCAAUUAAACUUACUUAAAUGGUUUUUGUGAUCAUUAAUGAGAAUUAUUUUUCAAAUGUUUAUCCUCUAAUGUUAUUGAAGGUAGCAGUUAAUAUUUAUGUGCUAAAUUCCUUGUCAAUGAUAACAUCCGUUUUGACUGAUCGGCAGGGCUGGAUUGAAGAAAAUUCACUGCUAGUAUGCCAACAGCUUGGUCUUGCCCUUAAUAGGGACUACCCAUUAGCGAAGAUGCAGCGUCGGGCACCAAGUAAUACUCCAGUGCUGAUGAGUUGGGUGUCUUGUGACGAGACUGAUGUUGACUUCACAAAAUGUCGAUCUGUCAAUGACGACGCUUACACAUGCAGCCAUGAUAAGGAUGUAUACAUAAAAUGUUUUCGUCCUACAUGGGCAGGUAGGACAGUUUUAUGAAAAAAUCUGUGAAACAUCUUUUAAUUGGAUGACCAGUUACAACUAAUUUAGACUACCAGCGUUUAUUUAUUAGAUAAGUAUAUAUUGUAGCUGAUCAGUUUUUGAUAUUGAAAAAAAGUUGAUUUCCAUUUACAAAAUAGUUAGGAGAUAGUAAAAAUCUUAUUUGAUUUUUGGAUCUGUUAACAGCUGCACAACAUAAAAAUUGUUUAAAUUCAUUUCAAUUUCUAGGUAUCACUUUAGCAGCUGCCUACAGGCACGAUCAGAACCAACCAUUACAAGUUGAAUCCCAAAUUCGUCAUUUGAAGCUUUUUAAUGCUGGCUUGCUUGACCCUGAUUCUGGAAUUCUGACACCUGCCAUCCGCAUAGACUACAAUUACUAUCAGAUCUCCUAUUUGACAGUUCAGAACUCAAUGUCAGAUGGGGUCUAUGUCUCAUACAAUCACCCAUACAGCUUAAAUAAAAUGGAGUAUCUUACUGUGACAGACAAUGCUGGAAAUGGUGUGGUCACUAAAUCACCUAGAUUAGAGGUUCGGAUAUUUUAAAAUGAAUUUUCAGCUCAAAAGCGUUACCUUUAGCAUUAAAAAAAAAAAAAAAUCUUUCACAAAUUACAGUAGAUUUUACACGUUAUAUUAGUUGGAUAUUUUUGUGCUAGCUUCCAAGUUAGAUUUUUUAAUGCAACCAAAUAGAUCUGAUGAUUUGGUGCGGUGAGAGGAAUUGAUGUCUAAAAAUAGUAAAAAUUGAAUACUAAGAGCUUUAAAAAAAAAAAUCAAUGAUUUUCAAAUUUUUAAGCAUUAUAUAAUUUCAUCUUUGAAACAAUUGCAUAUUACAGGUGAUGCACUCCAAGGUGGACCGGAAUUUGAAGGCUGGCUUUCUUUAUAACCCAUACUUCACGGAAUACGAUGUACUUUUAAUACGGAACAUGAUCUACCCAGACAGACGCAUUAAUAUGUUUGCACAGCCACAAAGGAUCCUUAACAUUGAUCAGAUCAUGUUUCUGAUUUGUCCUUCAGGGAAUUCUAUUGAAAUGAAAGAGUAUAUCGUGGAAAUUAGAGGUUCCUCAUCAUCCUAUAAACUAUCCCUUCAGGUAAAUUUUUUCAAUAAUGCAAUUUGAUUUUUUUCUAAAUUUGUUUCAUUUGAAAAUAUUAUAUAUCUAAACAUUAUUAUGCUUCCUUUCUCUGUUUCAUGACAUUGAAUUCAUAGUCUUGAAAUUGUAUGUAUGACUCGGAUAUAAAUAUAAUCUGUCAGUAGUUUAACAUUUCAAAUACCUGGGGUCCAAUAUCUCUAGCUCACUCUCUAUUGAUGAAGAAGUGAUCAUCAGGAUCGCAAAAGCAGCAGCAACUGUGGCUAAAUUGAAUUAGCAGGUGUGGAACAGUCCAAAACUCACUUAAAGCACAACACUAAGUGUCUAUCAGGCAUGUUUGCUCAGUACAGGACUACAUGGCAGUGAAGUGUGGACCACAUGUCAGUCAUGAGUGGAUGCUCGAUAGCUUCCACCAAAGAUGUCUGGAUAUCUGUUGCACUUUGUAAAUUCAAUGGCAGGACAAAGUGCCCAACACAAGGGGUUUGGAAUGUGCUAAAAUGUACAGAGGCACUUUCGUUUGUUGGGCAAGGUAAGAAAAAUGGAGGAAGGCCGUAGUCCAAAGAAUCUGCUUUAUGCAGAGUUGGCAGAAGGGGCAAGGCAACAAAGAAAUCGGCAAAUGGGAGAUCAUCGCUGAUCAUCAUUCCAGCUGGUGAUCAGCAGUGUAUGCGGUAUUUAAACAAGCAGAAGAUGGGCGAAAAAAAACAAACCUUUCCAAAGUAAUGAGCUUUAAGGAGGGCCAAAGUGAACAGGCAUCAAGAUUUUCCUGUGAGAAGUGCACCCAAUACUGUCAUUCCAGGAUCAGCCUCGUGAGCCAUUUGAUGAAGUGUCAGUAAGCUACUCCAUUGGAAGGAUGUCAUAUAUUUAUAUAUAUCCAAAUGAAAUUAUCUAGUUCUUGAAUUGCCUUCCUAUUUUACAUAGACUACAGCUUGAAUAAAUUUUUAUAAAAAUAUUUUAAAUGCAUAUAGCAAGCUUUUGCACUUUUAAAGUAAACCAAAGACAUUGAUGUCGUAAAAUAUAACAAGACAAACUACUAAAAGCAAUAAUUUUUUUCUAUCAGGUAUUGGAUUAUCUCCCUGUGGAAUCAUCUGAAAAAGUCAUUGUCUAUGACUCGCCCAUCAGUGGCAUCACUUCCCCUAACACAAAAAGAUGGGAAAUUGAAAAGGACCUGGUUGAUUUUCCAAUCAUCUCCAGUGCCAGCGUGCUGACCAUCCAGCUUAAAGUCAAUGGUCAACUGUCUGGCAGACUUGCAUUUGCUGUAAUCUGUCGUAAGUUAAGCAGUUGUCAGAGGACUUAAACAUUUAUGUUGAUACCUUGAAAAGAUUGACUUAAGCGGCGCUAUAAAUACAGAAGUUUAAAAAAUUUUCCUUUCUUUGUUUCAGUGGUAGUCUACCAAAAGCAAAUUAAAUGUGUGUUCACAUUUAAAAUGCUUAAUCCAUAAAAAAUCACUUUUUUUUUUUCAAAUUAUAACAAUUUGUAAAAAAAAUAACCAUAUUUUACACAGGCAACUAUGACUCGCUUGCACCUGUUUUACGCACAGCUGUAACCAACACGUCAUUUACUGGAAAUAAUCAGGGUAUUGUUACAAAGCAUUACAAUAGCCCUUCCAAUAGACGGCUUGAGUUGUUUCACAGACAUGUUUUGGAGGAGUUGUACUUCAAGGUCUGUUGUUUUUAUUUAUAUAUCAAACUGGUUUUACUGCAAAAACUUGUACUUCAUAAAUUAAAAUGGAGAAGUUUUACUAAUAAAUCGUUUGUUUUAUAUUGUAAUUAUUCAAUCGGAAACCCUAGUACUUCUAGGUUAGAUUUGUAUUUUCAGUGGGCCAGACUUCUCCAGUGUUUUUUGCUAACAGUACAGUCCUUUAUUUUACCAUUUGAAAUAUUUUGUAGAUAUCAAAACACAUUUAUUUGUGUGUUCAUAAUUUUUAAAGAAAAAUCUACUUUAAAAUUAUUUUAUAUAAAACCAUUCUUAAAAUGAAGUAAGACAAUUAAUUUUUGAAAUAAAAAUUAUUUUUUAAUUUAAAAAAAAAAGGGCUUUUAAUAUGGUUUUAUGUUAAAAUUAUGUUCUUUAGAUGUGAUUUUUUUUUUCAACCAGGAUUUGAAAGUGAUUAGCAGUGUAAAGCAAGCUAUGCACAUGCCAAGUGUGACCAAGUUCACUGAAGACUAUAUUCCAACCUACGAGGAUAUGACAAGAGCAGAGCGGGUUGCUGUUAUUGUUUACACUGUGUUUCAAUCCAUAUUCACAAGCAACAACUAUGGCAUACUAGCAGAACACAAUCAUGUGGAUUUUGCUAACAAUGUGUGGCAGUGGACCAUUGACCACGUAACAAUACAAGGAACACAAGCAGGUGGACUUGAAAUUGAAGUUCCGAGAGUCAAUGACGAGACCGAGAGGCAAGCGCAUGCUGCUCGUGUUGUGGAUUCAGUGUUCAAGAAUAAUCUUAACUUUGCUUUUACGAUUUCCGGAUACUAUGCCAAUGUCAACAUUGACAGGAACUCAUUCACUGACAAUGUGUGUUUGCUGGGUCUUGUUUCACUGAUGGGUAUGGAGAAAAAUCUGACCAUGAACAGUAACUCCAUCAAUAACAACGUAGGACGCUACAUGGUGGAUAUGGACAUUUUCAGCCAUUCUGAAUAUUACACAGAAAUAAAAGGCAAAAUGGAUCUGAAUGCUAUUACCAAUAACCGCUAUGAAGGGGUGGAGCCACCUGGUGCUGCUUACAGUCCAAAAACGUAUGCAGUGGCAGUUAGAGGGCUUCAGAAUUUGAGUGGUAACCGAAAUAUCUUCAACAAUCCCCAGCUAGGCUAUGAGUAUGUUGCAGGAAUCACUGCACUCUCAUUGGGAAACUCUAUGGAUUUGACACUCAAUUAUUGGGGUGUCACAGACCAAAGCAGCAUUCGUAGAAGAAUUUUUGAUUUUGAUGACUGGAAUAAUUAUGUAAUUGCUGAUUACUUCCCUUACCUGACAGUAGCAGAUCCAAAUGGCCUCCCAUCAACAGGAAUACGGGAGGAAAACUACUUGGAUCCCAAUCACCUUGGUGGCCGGGUAGAAAAGUCUCAAAUCUUAAUGGAGAUUGGGAAACCUUACAUUGUUAAGUCAGAUCUUACCAUCAUGCCGGGGAUCACUCUCACAAUCCCUGCAGGCACUGAACUGCAGUUUAUGCCCAAUGUAGGGAUUCUAGUCUUGGGUCGUUUGGUUGCUAAUGGUCUUCCCUUUGCCAGGAUUAAAAUGGGACCUUAUCAGCCAAUAACAGCUGGUCGUAAGAAGAGAGAAUUGAUUCCCCUCGAAAGGGAGGAAAGGGAUUCCACCGCAACGCAAAACAUUCGCCUCAGAGGGGAUGGCACCCUGUUUAAAGAUGCUGGAUUUCUUGAGUUGUACAACGCAUCCACCAGAACCUGGAAUAUGAUGUGUGACAGCCAGUUUCAUGAAAAAACAGCUGAGGUUGUGUGCCGAGAGCUGAGAAAAGAAACCAUUAACGUCAAAGUCCGGUUCACCUACCUCUAUGACUACUAUAUUUAUGGCAAGCCACAGUAUUUUAGGAAGGAAUUCUGGUACAAUAUUUACAAUUGUCGAGGGGAUGAGACAUCGCUCAACCAGUGUAUAACCAGAUACAACUACAACCUGCUACCGUGUGUUUAUGCCGCUAACUACACAUUCAUCACAUGCGGAGACAGGAACUUGGAGCCCCACUUGGACUACUGGGGAAACAUAAGAUUUGCCACGGAUUCAUUUGAGGAAAAGCCUUUGGAAUCCGAUAUAGGAAUAGACCGUUCUUCCAUGACUUACUUGGACAUUGAAGGUGCUGGUAUGCUCCAUGGAGAAAAAGUAGGUGCGAUUCAGACGACUUACACAACCCCAGUUUUUGAAAAUGUGAACAUCACAAAAUGUGCAGAAAAUGGUUAUGACAUCAUCGCCCCUAGACAAGAACUUAAUCUCCAACUUCAAAAUAUUUCUGGAAAUUUGGGCUUUGGGGUCAAUGUCCUAGUGCUUAAUGGUGAGUCCAGCAAUCGUCGGUCAUCUUUUAUGCCCAGCGGCCUCAACACCAUGCCUUACAAUGUCUAUGGCCUGGUUGAUGCAUGUAGGCUAGAAAAAGUGAUUGAAGUUAAAACAAGGGUCAUCUUGUUUUACAAGUAUGGUCCGCAAAUGAGAGACUGUGUCAAGAUCUUCAGGUAAGUUAAAAUGUAUUGAUAGAUAUUUGCUAAAGUUUGGGUGUGGAUGUUAUGGUGAAAUUAAUGGAUAUUUUCUUCUUUUUGUUUUUUUUAAAAGAUCUAUAAUGGUUUGAAUAGUGGGGACUGAACACACAUUCAAAUAAUAGAAUGAUUUAAGUAAGUAAGUUACUAGUCAUGGCUAUAGUUGCAAGCCAAGAUAGAAAAAAUGCUAUCUUACUGACUUGGAUCACAGCCAGCUGGUGGUCCUUGGUCAAUCCCAAAAGCUUUAUUUAUAAAACAGGUGCCUUUUAGUGCCUGGGAAGCCCUGAGCUUAGCUUACCUCACAUCCCCUCAACUAAUGGGUGGAGAUGGUGUUGUCAACCAAACAGUGGGAAAGUUAGGAACAAGGCCGGUUCUCUUAGUAAGCCAUUGCAAAAGAUUGCCAACUCUGUCUGUUCCUACAUUACUACCACAACAUAGAGAAAAAGAAAUAUCUAAAAACUUGAUAUUAUUGUUGUUAUUACUCCUAUUUAAUUUAUAUUUAACUAGAAUUGUUUUCUUGUACUCAUUGAAAAUUAAUUUGUUUAAAUUUUAAUAGCAUAAAAUCCUAACAAAAAUUUAGGAGGUCAAUUUGAAAUUACUUGAUUGUUAACAAAUUUUAAAUUUAUUUAUGUUUUGAUAUCAUGGCUCAUUUUGUUUUAGAGCAUGUAAACCCAACACUGAGAUUAAUCAAGGAUUUAAAUUUUUUCAUCUUAGCUCAAGAAAGACUAUUGGCUUUAGGUUCUUGCAGAUAAACCUUUUCCAAGAGGAUUUCAGUCGAAAUUUGAUUGAGAUUUUUGAUGGGACUGAAGUUGGACAAAGAACCCUUAUUGGGAGCAUAAUGUCAAAUAGCAGUAAUGCAGACAUCCAGCGUUUGUAUGAGACUUCCAGCAAUACAAUGGCUGUGCACGUUCAUGCCUCAGUCAGCUAUGGUUCAUAUGGGUUCAUUGCAGAAGUUCUCAAGCUUCCAUUAUCAGGACUUACUUCCCCCAGUAAGUUAUAAUUUUGUAGCUUUAUUUAAAUUUAAUAUGGGUAAACAUGGUAAAGUAAAGGAAACCAUACAGAAGCUUUAAAAAAUGGCAUGUGUAUUUAAAAUAGUUAAAAAAUGUAAUAAAUUUUGGAAAAGUUAUAGUUGUUGAUAUCAUAUGAGAGAUGAAAAGGAGAAACUUGUUUCUAAAUGAGAUCUUUUGAGUAUGUGUUUUUUUUCCCUAUCUUUUUUUGUGUAUUCAUUUUCAAAAAUGUGUUCUUCCCUUCCUCAUUUGUUAUAAAUUAUCACAGGUACAAGCCAUCGGGUGGGUCAUUUAAUAGUAAAAUAAAACAAAAUACGUAUAAAGGAUUUACACCAAAAACAAAAUUGCUUUUAGGCAUUGUUUCAAAUACGGUCACUUGUAACAACGCCCCCCCAUAUAUUCUGUUUAUGGGACAGACAAUUAACUUUUUACUGAUUACUUUCAUUUAUAUCUAACCUCAACAAACACUUCCAGCCAUGGGCACCCGCAGGUAGGGGCAAGGGGGGGCAUUUGCCCCCCCUCCCCCCUGGAUUGAUUGAAUAAAAAUUUUUAGACAAAAAUAGACAAAAAAUGUGUUAAAGUAAAGAGAAAAUAAAGAGAAAGUAACUAAGCUGGUGUCUUGUCCGUUAGUUCACCAUGCAAAUAUGGUACAGUAAAUUAAAACUAUAUUAAAACAUUACUAAAAAAAAUAUGCCCCCCCUCCCCCCCCCCUAGAAAGUUAAUCGAUUUUUUGGCCCCCCCCCUAGAAAGUUUUCUGCGGGCGCCCAUGCUUCCAGCUUUAAUGAUUUUGAACAAUUAAAGAGCAAAAUGCAUAUAAACUAUAUUAAAACAUUACUAAAAAAAAUAUGCCCCCCCCCCCCCCCCCCUAGAAAGUUAAUCGAUUUUUUGGCCCCCCCCCCCUAGAAAGUUUUCUGCGGGCGCCCAUGCUUCCAGCUUUAAUGAUUUUGAACAAUUAAAGAGCAAAAUGCAUACUAGUCCAUGAGAUUGUGUGUAGUGCAUUGCCAUGAAAACAUUGGACAUUAAUCACUAGUUUGAUUAAUCCUCGGAUAUAUAUUCUUAAGGUGCUGAGCUAAUUGCUCUUGAUGGUGUGGGUAGUAUAAUAUUAGCAUGUCACCUCUGCCGGGCACUGCUGAAAAGUAAAUCCAUUUUUUUUAAGGAUUUUUUCCCCCCUGGACCAGAGCAUACGUAGUGCAUUGUUGUAUUAAAGUUAACAAUCUCUUGGAGGUACAAGGCAGAAUAAAUAAAGUUAUUUUCCAUUUUUUUCCAUUAGGUUAUUUAGGAAGAACUGAAAUGUGUGCAAAAUUCUUAUGUCCUUUUUUUUAAAUUGCAGACAGUGAAUAUACACAUAGAGUUCAAAAUGCGGAGAUAAGGAAAAACGAAGAUGGAGCUAUUCAGUAUAAGAAUGUAGGGGAGACAACUCCGAACCUGUUCAUUGAGCACUGCUACAUCAGUGAGAAUGGUUUCCCCAUUCUGAAUCUUACCUCUCCUCCUUCCAUUGAUAUCUCUUUACAGAGCACUAUCAGCUUCAGAUUUUCUCAUAACCAGGUCAGAAAGCUUAAUUACUAUAGACUAUUAAUAUGAACAAAAUGUAUUGUUAUUAUAUUUUAACUUACUUCACUCUUGUGCCGCUGACUUUUAAAAUUACUUUAGAAUGAUAACUUAUUUUGAAGGCAAAAGUGAAACACUACCAAUGUCAGAACCAUGCACAUUUAGCACUCUGUGUUCAUCUGUAUCAUACAGUUUAAAAAAAAUUGUUUUAAAUUUCCUUCCAGUUGUAAAUUAUUCAAGCACUGUCUAUUGGAAAUAUUAAAAAGUCACAGUAUUUAAACAACAGUUUAAUAACUUGCAGAAAUAAAAAUCGACCCCCCCCCCCUUUUUUUUUUUUUCCCCUCUGUUUUUAAUAAUGCUAAUCAAUCAUGUCUUGCAGGUUUCCUACAAUCAUGGAGGGAUGUACAUUUUUGCUCACACUUCUACCAUCAACACAGCUCUUAAGGGAAAUAUGACCAACAAUGUGUUUGCCUUUGGUAAAAAUGGGGAGGCUCUGAACAUAUCUGGCCACUACUUCCAAAGACUCAUGCUGCACCAGAACUACAUUUAUAACUACACCGCUGGUAACUAGUUGUAUAUUUAGAGUCUCAGAAAAUUAACUUUUUACUUGCUUGUGUAUAAUAUCUUCCUCCAGUUCAGGUAUAAGUUUGCUCUUAGAUGAUUCAGUGAUGUUAGUCUCUAGAUGAUUCAGUGAUGUUGGCCUCUAGAUGAUUCAGUGAUGUUGGUCUCUAGAUGAUUCAGUGAUGUUGGUCUCUAGAAAAUUCAGUGAUGUUGGUCUAUAGAUGGUUCAGUGAUGUUAGUCUCUAGAUGAUUCAGGGAUGUUAGUCUCUAGACUCUAAGAUGAUUCAGGGAUGUUAGUCUCUAGAUGAUUCAGUGAUGUUGAUCUCUAGACAAUUCAGUGAUGUUGGUCUAUAGAUGGUUCAGUGAUGUUAGUCUCUAGAUGAUUCAGUGAUUUGCCACUUCUUUACACCAUUUCCUCAUAUUUAAAAAAAAAGAAUAUAUAUAUUUUUUGUGGAACUGUGAAAGUGAAUGCUUGCAGGUAUAAUUAAGUCACUUUUAUUUGCUUUGAGAAAUCUUUUAAAGAGUUUGAAAUCUGUUCAGUCCUCUCUAAAAGUAAAAGUGUGGGAUAAUCUUUCUACCCUUUUUAACUUAAAUUAGAAAACAAAUGUACAAAAUGUUAAAAUAAUUGAUAACAAUUAGAUUUUAUUGAGAGAGAUUAUUGGUUUUAGAAGUAAGGUGAAGUUUUGGAAUCAUGUACUGGUAUUUUGAAUUUAUUUCAGCCUCAGUGUGGCUGAACUUGGUUGUAAAAGAAACGUUCACAUUUGAAUAAAAUUUAGUAUAUUUUUUUUGCUCUGCUCAUUUUAAUUGUGUUUUUAAGUGUAAGAAAUAAUUGGAAAUAAAGUGAAAUUAGAUUUUAAGAGUUAUUUCCUUGAAAACAAGCUGUUAUUAUAUCUUAGAUAAUUCAUUGCUGGUUCCAUAGUAAAAGUGACGGAUUUUAAAAAAAUAAAGAUUACAUUAUUAUUUUAAUUUUAUUAGGUUUGGGAUCUUAACAGGUAUUAUAUAUUGCUUCCACACUGGCUGUGUUCAACUUUCUUUUAAUAUUUAAAAACAAAAAAAUCUACAGGUGAUUUCAGGGAUGUCAUCCACAUAAAAGAUGUUGUUGUCAAUCUAACCCACAACUACAUUCUCCGAAAUGUGGGGCACUAUAUCAUCCAUACAUAUAACAAGUAAGUUGGUGUAAAAUUUGGAUUGAAAUAAAUUUCUCAUAGUCUACAGAAUAUAUAAUUUAAAAGUUUAAAAGCUUUGUUGAGAUCAUGUCUGCGACUGUGUGCAACACCAUUAUAAUACACUGCUGCAGUGUGGCUCAUUUGAUUUGAGCUAUUUUAUUUAUCAAUUAUAGAGCUGCUAAGGUAGCUUUUUGUUAAAGAGUAUCCUCGUCCAAUUUUGCAGUUGAACUCACCGCCAUCUGCUGAAACAACUUUUUUGUUGAUAUCAGUUUAUUUUAUAUGAAACUUUGUCUUGUACCUCUUUUAGUGAUGACAGCACAGAGUCACAGCUGUUUUCACGUAAUGGAAUAUAUAACAACAAUGCCACAGCAUUAAGAGAGACAACCAUUAAGAUAGGACUAGGGAGGCCAAAGUUCAUCAACAAUUAUUUGGUCAAUACUCUUAAUGACUUCGAAAUGGAAACAUAUCCAAAAUCUAUGUAAGUUUUCAACUUUUAUAUUCUCUAGGCGUGCAUUUGUCAUUUCUACAACUUUACAAAAUAUUGUCGGUUUUGCUUUUAAUUUUAUUGUAUUAAACAAUUUUAUGGAAAUAAUAUAAAAGUGCCAACAAUAACUGACAUUGAACUACCAUAGCUAAAAUACAAAUAGUUUCUCUUUUCAAAAUGCUUUGCUCAGGUAUUGGAUCUUUUUAAACUAAUACAUUUUGUGAUAUUUAAUGUUUUACAUGCAUCAUGGAAAGGGUGAUGUGCCUUUUUUUAAAAAAGCAAGUAAAACUAUGAUAAUGAUUCAACCUUACGAGGACUGGGAAAAUCCCUGAGAGUGAACAAUAUUAAAAUUGUUAAAGUAAAUUCCAAAGGAUACGAAAUUUCCUUUGCAAAGUAAAUGGAUUUAUAACAUUUAUGCCCUUUACUUCAAGAUGACGUACAUAUAAAGUUCAUCUACAAUUUGUGUGCUUUCGAUGUUAUAUAUCCACUCAUGUUUUUACUUUUAUGAUGAUAUUUUCAAAUUUAAAUAUUGGAAUCAAAGGUGUAGUGUCCCUAAUUAACUAAAAAGUCGUACAAUAAUAUUAACACAAUAUCUCACCAGGUCUUACACCUGAUUACAUAUCCAGGUAAUUUUAAUAUUCACAAGGGAUUUUUGACAUUGAAUAAAGGGUAUUUUAUUCAAUUAACCAAACGAUGUGAUUAGGAUAUUAUAAUUUAAAGGAAUGUAAGAGCAAGAAAACAUAUUUUCGCAAUAUCCAACUCAUUUUUACAUGGCCCCUAUACUGUUAUAUUCUCAAUGGAAUGAGCUAUUUACGGAUAUGUUUUUACAUCUUUCAUCAGGUUAGAUGAUGGUAGCAUCGAUGCCAAAAACAAUUGGUGGGGCUCAGAACGAACAGCUUAUAUCAGUGGCAAGACUUAUGAUUUCAGUGAUGAGGACAGAUUGGUAGAAGUCAACUUCAUCCCUCCAAUCAUUGAUAAUAGGUCAUUGGUUGAAGGUAACCAAAAAAAAAUUGGUUUGGAUUUGUUAUUUUGUGUUUUUAACCCUCUGGAGAGUGCUGGGCUAUUCUAGCGGCCCAAUAAUAGUAGCCCCGAGAUUGACUGUCUUUUUUUCUUACCAGCUAAUCAGAUUAUUUCUCGCAUUUCUUGCUUAUUUUAAUGAUAUUUUAUUUUGCUGUUUUGUGUCAUUUUAUAUCAAUUUUUUAGUACCUUGUGACACCUAUAUAUGCUUAAAUAAUAUUCGACCUUGCAAUCUGCCAAAAGGCAUUACAGCGACAGGAAAUCUUUUAUGCAGUUUUUCACAUUGAAUAUGGGUUAGAGCUUAUUUAGGCUUCAACAAUAAAAUUCAACAAAAUUCUUCAAGUUAGACAAUUUUAUUCUAUGUGUUAAAAAAAUUAUUGUAUGCAUAAAUUAUGCAAAUUAUAUCUCAGUUGCAUAAAUGUUGAGUUCUCAGUUUGAUUCAGAAAGAUCUUAUUAGUUUAUUCAAUUCCCUACAAGAAAAUAUAUAGUUUUAUAUUUGUAAAGUAAAUAGUUUAUUUUUUAUAAUUUUUUUUUUUUUUUGCUUAGUAAGUGCAGCUUGUUGAAAUGGCUCCAUCUUUUUGCCACAGACAACCCAAAAAGGCUCCGUCUCAAGAGGGUUAAAGGCAUUUUGUGAAAUAACUUUAAAUUUAUGUCUUUUUAUGAAAUAUAUCUUUCCUUCAUUAAUAUUUAACUUAAAAAUCAAGAUUUAUAAAAUUUAAAAUACAAAAUUAUUUCUAGGUGAUUGUUUACCUGGAUGGGUGCUUGAUAAGCAGCGCUGCUACCGUUACAUGGGAGGAGCACUUCCAUAUGACAAAGCCAAAGAGUUUUGCCUGGUAAGAUAAUUGUUUCAAUAAUUUUUUAAACAAAAUACUUGAUAUUUUUCUCUGUCAUUCAUUUCUUCAUCAUGAGAUAAUCAAAAAGUUGUUUAAAUUAAAUUGCUUGUAACAAAAUUACAAAUAUGUGUUUGCACAAAUUCUGUUUUAAUUUUGUAUUCAUGAUUUUGAUGAGGAAAAUACAGAGCAAGUCACACAUUAUUUCAUUGUAACCUUAUUUUCAUUAAAGGUAAAAUAGCUUUACAAAUAGCUUGAUCUUUCUGCUUUCUGGUAAAAAUUUAUUAUAAUAUAUCAGGAAUUACGUUUAGCUAAUUUGGUGUGUUAUAUUUUUCUGCAUUGACAAAGUUUUUUUUCCGACUCAAACAUUUGUUUUUUUCUCACCAGCUUCAUGGAGCAUUUUUGGCAGAAGCUAGGGACCGGGAGGGAUUCUUCAAUUAUUUAAUGAGGCUGAUGGUCAUUGAUCCAACCUUGAUUCAAAGAGUUUGGGUAAUGUCUGAAACUGGGGGAGGCCGUUGUGCUGCAUUUGAGAACUCCUACCUAGUUUAUGAGCAGGACUGCAGUCGGAAAUAUUAUCCUUUCAUUUGUGAAACAGGUAAGAUUUAAAUUAUUUUUUAACAGCUGUACCUGCACCAUUUUUUUACUGUCCGAAUUUGUCAUGCAACUGCUUCAAUUGUAUUUGUUUCAUUAUAAUCUCAAUCUUGGUUUUAAAAGGUCUUGUUUUACUUCUCUACAGCUAAUGUUUAAAAUACCUUGAAGCAAUGCUGAAAAAUGCUUACAUUUUAUUAUAUAUUUAUACAGUAUUAAUUUUAAAGGUAUUUUCGAUUUUGAUUGGCAAGACAUAGGGGAUUUUCAAAUCAAUGCUCAUCAAAAAGUUGUUUGAUGUUUAUGGAAAUAGAUGAAGAUUUCAUCAUUCACAAGCUAUUCAUAUUAUUUUUUGAGGUUGCUAAACAACAUUUAAGCACUCAAAAUAUUAUUAAUUUGAUAUUCUCAUAAAGAAUUAAAGAAUAAAAACAUCAUAUUCCUGGUAUGGUCACCCAAAUUUAGACUGGUUUCUUUACUUUUGAGUGCCUAUUUAAGAAUUAAAACUUUAAGUUUAAGAAGUUCUAAAUCUUUUUUUGGUUCAUUUUCAGAUCCCCAAGUGACUGCUCCAGAAGAACUGACUUCAGCCAUCAUGGCUAUGAUCAUAGGCAUAUCUGUUGGGGUUGGCGGGGUCAUUAUCAUCAUCAUUGUUAUUGUUGCAAUUCUUAUGUGUAUCAAGUCAAAACGCCGCGAAAAGGAAAGAUUUGAAAGGACCGCCUCAAUCAGGUCGUCCUUGAACAAUCUGAAUAAAAUAAACAGCUCUCUCAGGGGAACAAAGUCUAACCUAACGGCAUUGUCUGGAGCUAUGUCUAGGACACGCCUGGAUGAGUUUGAUGAUAGAUCCGUAGAUUACUCUGACACUAAGCAUUCUCAGAGUUCAGCCGUCAGUGAUGAUGUUGCUGAGAGUGUCAGCUCUGGCUAUGCACCCGAGCCCCGUGUGGUGAUUCCUACAGCAACCCAACAGCGAGAUUAUGGAGGCCGGCCAACAGCUGCUGCCGCUCAGCAGCAGCGAUAUAUUCCAAACCGACCAUUGGCCCCUGCCCAACAGCGGGAUAAUGGAAGACCAGUUCAUAGUUUACGACCGGACAGGUCAAAGCCAUUAGCUAAACCCCAAAAUGUAGUGAAAGGAGCUGAAGGUGGAAGACAGACACUUGAACAAGAUAGUAGGAAAAAGGAAGAUGAUAGGAGGCGCUACACCAAAGAAGAGGAUGAAGAAAGCUCUGGUUCAGUAGACAAAGAAGACUUUGAUUCAGACAGCACCUUUGAUGAAGAGGAGGAUGACAAGAAAGAAAAAGACAUCAGAAACAGAGGAACAAAAGAUGAAAAGGACGGUCGAAAUACCAUGAAUAGAGCAAAUGGCAGAUUAGUCCAAAAUGCAGUGACUCCUAAUAAACCAGGUGCAGGUCGUUACAACAAAGAUGAGUCUGGAGACAGUGACUCCAGUGCACAAAAUUCCAACAGUAGCAGAUCUGUGUCUAGUUUCACCGAUCCCAUUGUGACCCUUUCCAAAAAUAUUUUCCCUCCACGCAGCACAUCUAAAGACAAUAUAACUGAUCCCAAGAAUCCAAAAGUCGUUCACGAGCCACUUAAAUUAUUACCAGUGCCCAUGGCUCGACCCAAACCAGCCCCACCAAUGAGACCAAGGAUUGAUGAAAUGAGGCAGCCAUUAGUUCCCAAUAAUGGAAGGGCAUCUCCUGCCUCAUCAGAAGCCUCUUCACAAGCCUCGCAACCAGUUUCUGGUUCAGCACCAGCUCAGAAACUUUCAAAUAGACUGUAUACGAAUGAGCCAGGACCACAACAACCGGUCUAUGACCCUGUGUAUAACAGCUCAUCACACUUGUAUAAGAACACAGGAGCCUCAAGCCAAGGCUCCAACAGGGGCCCAUUUUAUGACCCAGUUUAUAGCGGGACGCCAUCCGACCGAAGCAGAUCAACAGACCGGUAUGAACCCAUUGAAUAUAGUCCAUCUGCUGCUUAUGGUGUAGAUCAAGCCCCUGACACUGAUUAUAUGCCCAGACCCAUGGGCAGUGCUGCCUUGAACCGCAGCCUAGAUCGUCUUGUCGACCCGGCGGCAAAACCCAACAAUUUCCGCCGGCCGCUGGUUUCAGAUAUUGACAGUUACACACCUUCUCAGCAAUCAGACGCCUCCUUUGGGCAUAGACAGCCUCAGUCUGCGGCAAGUAACCCAAGACUGGAUGAAUCUCUUCCCCCAAAACCAGGGGUGAGUUCGUCAUCUGACAGAUCUUACCAGAACAUACCCAGAGGCAGCAGGGAUCACCUAAACACUUUACCCCGUCCACCCCCGUACUCUGCGACAACAUCUUAUGCAGAUUCUAGAUCGCGAAGCAGAGACAGGCUGGACCUUUCUGGAGCUCCUUCAGCCCAACAGUUCAGAGGCAGCAGAGAAAACCUGGAUGAGAAUCCACCACCUUAUUCACCUGGAAGCAAUAUUAGUGUACGACCGUCUGGUGAUGUUCUGUACCUCAAUCAGGGCUCAAGACCCAAAAAGCAUGAAUCUGUUGAAACAGAAAUAUAGACUGUUAAGAUUCUUAUUUUGUUAACCUUCAGUUUAAUGAAUUUUAAAAAAAUGAACUUUUCUCAUUUAACUGCAGAGGUAAGUUUUAAGUGUCUCAAAAGUCAGACUUCAAUAAGAUUCAUUAUUUACUUAUUAAGCUUUUUAAAGAAAACAUUAUGUUUCUAAAUAUGAAAUAAUUGCCUUUUAAAUAUUGUGAAAUGUAAAUGAUCAUAUCCUUUUGAUAUAAAUUAACGAAAACUGUUUUUAAGUCAAUUUAAGAAGAUUGUUUGACAUAUGAUAAUCUAAAUGUUAUUUACAAACGGGCUGACAAAUUCCUAUAUUUUUAAACCAAGGAAAUUGGCUGCUUCCCCUGUGUAAAUCUAGUUAAAUUACAGUAGUUUUGUUGUUUGUUUCACCUCAAAUCAUACUUGUCCUAAAUCCUAAACUUAAAAAAAAUCUUUUUUUAAAGUUAAAUAAUCACAAAUUGGACUAUUCUGUUUUUCCACUCCUGUCAAGAGGAAAAAAAACCUGCCAUGUUAUAUCAUAGAAAAAUUUUCCACUUAUUCAUUUUAACCAGCAAAAGGUUGCUCAACAACCUGGAUUGAAACUUUAGACCUAAAAAAUGUCAAUAUUACCUUAAAAUACAAUCUGGUGUUUUUCUUUUUUUUAAUUAAGAGUGACAUGGAAUUGAUGGAUGAAGGAACCUAAUGAUUGAUCUCUCCAUUGUGUGUAAUGUUGGACUUUCAAAUUCUUUAUAUUGCUCACCAUGCAACUAUUCUCUUUGAUUCAAUUUACAAUAAAUGUACAUUUAAGAUUUUGAUAGAUAUAUUUAUAUAUACUGUAUAUAGCUGAUCAGUGCUUCUUUAGUUCACAAUUUUCUUCUUCUUCUCCUUUCUCCUCUCCCCUCCCCC